GUAUACGUAAAAUACUUAUGCCUAACUUCAAUGCUGUGUUUUCUAAAAACAACUAUUAAAGAAAAUGGCGGUUGUUGUCUCUGGCAUUGUACCUAGUUCCGUAAUAAUUUCCAAUUUACCAGUAUUUGUUUAGAAUUUACGGAGUGUAAUUUGGAGUGAUAUAAUUGAUUAUAGAUUUUUCGAACGGCUUUCAAAAAUGUUUGAUAGUCCAUUCAAAAGUUUUACAAAUACGAUAUCCUAAUUACUGCUAACAACGCGGUUUUUCGCUUAGUUUAUUUGUUCGCAUUUUCGUGCUAUGUAUUGAAUUUAUAAGUGUAAAUCGUUGCAAUAGUUAUUGUGCUAUUAAGAAAAGUGUGUUAUUGAUUGUCAUAUAAUGAGACUAGGAUAAUAAAAUGUGUCAGUGAAAAUUUGUUAGUUUGAUUACAAUGGGUGAAGCUGAAGAAUUUAACACUUUAGCGUUUGAGAAACGACUAAUGCACUUAAAAGAUACUCAGGAAAGUAUCCAGGGUUUGUCGGCGUGGUGUUUGAAGCAAAGGCCGCAUCAUAAAAAGAUAGUUUCCAGUUGGUUGAAUGUCUUGAAAAGAGUGAAGGUAGAACAGAGGCUAGUACUGUUCUAUUUGGCCAACGACGUAAUCCAGUACAGUAAAAGGAAGAACUAUGAGUUUGUUGAGAGUUGGGGACUCAAUUUGCAGAAAGCUACACCAUUGGUCAGAGAUGAGAAAGUGAGACCAAAAAUCCUUCGCAUAUUUAAAAUAUGGGAACAAAGAUCAGUUUACGAUGAUGAGUUUCUAUCAGAUCUGACUGGACUACUUAGUGCUGGAGCACUGAAGAAAUCUGAUGAUGAUUCAGAGUUCCAACCAUCACAACUUGUAAAUAAGAUAAAACAAUGCUCUGUAUUAGAAGCAGAUACAGAUUUGAGGCUCAAAGAGAUACAUGACAGUCAUCUGGAACUCUCCGAUGCUGAGCUACUGAGGGCUUCACUGAAAGAGAGAGGCAACAAGGAUGAUGUAGAAAAGGAGUUGAAUGAUGGGAUCUCUUGUGUGGAACGAUAUACUGCUGCAUUGCAAAGGGAAAUUGUAGCGAGGGAGGCUUUGUUAGCAUUACUUACAACCGCUACACAGUACUAUGCAACGCAGAGGGGUGAAGUGAAGGUUGUUGCUUAUGCAUAUAAAAACUUUGGAGCGCGUGUAAAAGCGUUGAAGCGAAAACUAGACGAGCUUAUACCGACUUUGCCCAAUGCUGCCCCAUCACCACCUCAGCGAGACGAAGAUGUGCCAUCUCCAGGGCCUGAUGAGGAUAUCGAACUGCCCGUACCAGAGAACACUGGGGAUGAUGAUGAGAUUGCCUAUAACAUCGACCAGACGUUCAACUCUUCGAUAGCAGCUGAUGGAUCUCUCUACAAUCUAGGCCUAACGUCUUUUCUAACAUCAGAAAAUCCAAUGGCAUUGUUCAACGAAUCCAGCGAUAUCCUGAAUAACACCAACAAAAUCGAAGUUAUAAACAGUAGGCCAAACAAACAAAAUGAGCAAGACUUUAACAUAAAUGAUGUGUUAAAAAAUCUGAUGACUGAUACUAAUACCAACGCGUCGGAUAAUAAUUCAGUAACAAGCGCGUCGGUGUCCCAAAAGUCACAGGACACGUUGCCCGGGCUAGAUUUACUAACACCAGACACGCCGGGCAACCCGCCGCCGCCUACAUCAUUCUAUGGGACCAUGGACCUUACUGAAGAACCGGAGCCUUAUCAUCCAGAAGCGGCCGGUAGCUCUUGGAACAAUACUAACUGGAGCAUACCUCGCGUAAAUCCUACGUUGAACGCCAACGUGUUUACUGACACCCCGGAGUCGCCGCCGCCCGCGCCUCGACCCAUACCGCCACCCGAACCAGUGCGGUAUCAACAGGAAAUUCCUACAGACGUCGAUCACAGAGGAAUAUUACCUCCACCGCCGCCGCCGCCCGUCUUACCGCUGCUUGGUCAGCUGGAAGACGUAGACCAUAGAAUGUUACCAUCUCUACCGCCAGUACCGCCUGUCGUCAACACGGCGCCCGUGCGACACCCUGUACAUCAAGAUGUGGACCAUAGGAAUUUGAUUCCUUUAACGCAUCAACCUACUCCUCCACCUCAACCAAUUAACUCUGUCACGAUGGAUCAAGAUUACAGGGUACCGCCAUUGGUGCCGCCUCCGGACAUCGUGGAGAGCGUUGAUAUGGAUCUGUCUGAAGACGAGGAUCAACAAGGAAUGUACGCAAAUCAAAACCAGGUGGAGAGACGGCACAGCUUCAAUAACAAUAACAAAGUUCUAGUCGGAGGCGAUAACGGCAAAGUGCACAAUGAGCACAACCAUAAAAAUCUCAUUCAAAUCAAUAGUGAAAAGAAAGAGCCGCAUUCCGCGCCCAUAGUCCCACCCAUGGUGAACCCUUUCGAUGCCAUGCCACCAGCCCUCCAAAACUUCAACAUGAACUUCCAAAAGCCCAUGAAUUUCCCUAAAACCUUCGAUCUGACUGAGGAAAACUCCAAUGACAGCGCGUACGAAGACGAUCUUAGAAACAGGGGCUUAGACAAGGCUAAGCACCACGAAAUACGGAACCCAUCACCACCAUUCGAAGACUUUGGGAAUGAGGACUGGCAACAGCAACAACAACAGCAUCAGCAUCAUCCAAGGUUCAUGAACCCUCGGUUCCCCAGGAAUUGGGGUCCGCGGACUAACUUUAGGCCUCCGGGGUUUUCUCCACAACAAGGCUGGCCUAGAAACGGCCCCCGUCCUAACAGAUGGAUGGGUCCUCGCCCAAGGUUUUGGUGAAGUGCAGUGUCAGUGUUGUAUACUUUAUAAAAGACGAAAUAUAAGGAAUUAUCAGUGGGUUUCAUUUUACAAUAGAACACAGAGGAUUACCUCAAUGGAGAACUCGCGACGAUUUGAAAUGUAUUAUAACUAAAUUUAUUAAUGCUUGAUCUCCAUUGAUUUAGUUCUCUGUUCAACCGAUUUGACUCAAUAGUUAUAGUUCUUAAUGCUCAGUGAGAGUUAUUUUUAUGCUAACGCGAUCGAAACUCUUAAAAGAAACGCUCUGAUUGGUUGGUUAAGUUGGAACAAGCCAAUCAGAACGCUGAACGUCAUAUACGUGGCGAUCGUUGACGUAGAGUAAACUAUCACUAGGCAU